UCUAUGCGAAAUGCCGCCGAAAGUUCGUAAAAAGAAGGCAGAAGGUGAGAAAACAAACCCGGGAGCCGCAGAGAAAAAGACAUGGGAGGCGAAGCUGACUGAGGCUCGCUUUGAGGAGGACUCAUGGCGGGCCAGUGUGUCUGUGGUGGUUGGGAGAAGCCCAGCAGAAGAAACACUGAUCCAGGCUCUGGCUCUGGCUGUACCACAGCGCAAACUUUUUACGGCCAUAACCAGGGACAGCGCUCUUGCAAAGGUCUGUGAGCCGGGCAAUCCCAAAGGGAAAAAGUCAGAUGAACCUCCGAUGUUCUAUGAGGUUAUGGAGGUGGCGAAGGCGCUGUUGGACGCUGGUCAGGAAGUUUCUUGUGAUCUGAUGGCGAAAAUACUGAAGUUCCUGCUGCUGCAGAUCAAGACUGACGACCAACGGAAGAUGGGAGCUGAACAGAACAGAGGUGGGGCUAAAGGCUCUCCAGUGGCGCCAUGCAAAGAGAGGAAAACCAAGCUGAAACGCAGGGAUGAUGUCGAGCCGCCUACAUUCAAAGAUGACGAGCCAGACGACGGUCCUCAGCGCUAUAUCCUCCUGCUGGGUUUCUACCAGCCACAGCUGAUUGGACUCUUGGAUGCCAUGGGUGUACAUGUAGCUCAUGUGAUCCAGUUGUGCUCAGAACAAACCGAGUCGUCUGAGGAGCAGCAGGACCAACAAGGCUGCGAGACCGGUGAACAGAGUCUGAGCGCUGCGUCGGCUCUGGAUACAGAAAAAGUUAUCGACAGCUCACAGCUGGCUGUCCAGGCCAGAAACUUGGAUCUGUUCUGGUCAAAUCUGAGGCCGCUUUUAGACGCUGGCCCACUGAACUCCAAGCUCCACGAUGUGGUUCAGCUCAGCUACACUGCGUCAGACGUCUCGCUUCCUCUCCUCACACAGGACCCCAUCUCUGUGUCGGAGGUAGGGAGCGGCGUCUUUGACGGAGUGGCCAAUCUGAUCUACGACUGUCUGAGGUGGCGCAGGCAGCACCAGCAUUAUCAAAACCACGUCAGACUCAUCAGCGUCCCCUCAGUUGUCAGAAUGGAUUCAGAGUUCGUGUGUGCAGAGGCCAAAGCGCCUCCUCUCUCAGCAGAGGUGGACAUGUGUCACUACAGCAGCCUGCUGGACCUGCUUCCCCCUGAAGCCUGCUCUGUGCCCUUGAUCCUGAACUGUAUGGUGGAGCAGGUGGUGGUUUCCACAGAGUCCCACUUGACAGAGGAGCCCGAACUGCUGGAUGGUCCAGAGCUGAGUGAACAGCUGGUCAGCUACAUCCUCCGAAGCUUCAUGCCUCUGAUGGACACUGAAGAGGAGAAAAGCCACUUUUUGAGGAACAUGCUAACUUUCGUACAAAAGAAAGAAGACGAGAAGCCUCUGUUGAGUAAUCUUGGAGCAGACAAACCUGGAAAAAAGCGCAAGCAUCCUCGGAUCAUCAGACACCACGAUGAGAGGGCGCAGCGUUUGGGAGGCAUCGGCGUGGUUCCGGGCUUCGAUCCCUCAGAGGUGGAAAUGUCCAUGAUGAGAUUCUCUCCAGUGUGGGAGCUGAUUCAGUCAGUUCGACAGAGAAGCGGCAGCUCCUGUUGGAUGGCCCUCAAACAGCAGCUGCAACAGUCCUGCACAGAUGAUAAUGCGCCAUGGCAGGAAGUGGAGCGAUUGUUUCAUCAGAGUGUGUUUGAGGCGAUGCCUCUCACUCGACUGGACCAGCAGGAUAUGAUAGCAGCAGGGCAGCAGACUCCAACAGCAAUCCCGUGGGACAGCCCCUCAUCCUACGCUAAGCAGCAGCUUCAUAAUCUGUGGACUGAAGGUCCAGCAUUCCUUACUGAAGACACUGCUAAUGCAGAGCAGUUCAGUGGGAGAGCGAGCACCCAGCUGGAUUUAUGUGAUCUGCAGAGAUGUCGUUUGAGAUCUCUGUCUGACUGGCACUAUGCUGAACACCUCGAUGCCACCAUUUUCCCUCAGGUCCUCCAGGCAGCUUCAGAACAGUACAUCUGUGUGGACACCUUUAGAGGAUGUCAUGAUAACACACUGUACAUUUACUGCCACAAUCCCAUGGAUGUUCAUCGCCACUGCAAGGAGUCCUGGGGUGUGUCUCUUCAUACCGAUGUCAAGUUCAGGACGUACCUGGAGCAUGUGGCAGAUACCAUUUCAGACUGGACAAGAGAGGAAGAAUUAAAGCGAGAUGCGGAAGCCAGAAACUCUACUGAGUCUCCAGAAGAACCGGAUGAAGAGGCGAUAUGUGCUGUAGAGGAAGACAGUCUGAAAGCAGUCAUCAGAAAAGGCUCCCUCAAACUGGAGCAGGAUCGGCUGAAGGAAGAGGAGAUGGCUAAAAAAUCAAAGAAAGAAAACACACCGAAAGGCAAGCCACAGAGGGAGGAGGGCAGAUCAACGUCUAACAAAAAAGGCAAACCCUUGACUGGGGGCGAAGAAAGCCGAGCAGAGACGGCGGACACCGGAGCCAAGACUCCUAAAGAGUCCGUUCUUCCCACAGCCGCUCCUGAGGAUGGAAACGCUGAACUGCAGCUGACAGCGAAACCUUCAACUGGUUUCACAGGCUACAGCAUGGACGGACAGUUGAUCCAUGUGUCCGGACGGCUUCAGCACGUCUUCCCCUCAGAUGGAGGGUGCAUCACUGUGGAGAACAUCAACUUUGUUGAAGGCUCCCACCUAAUGAAAGUAGCCGUAAUGAAGGAUGGACAUAGUUUCUACACGCAUAUCAACUCGGUGAAGCUUCCUCCUCAGCAUCAAGACGGACAAAAUGCGGAAAAGAAAGAUUGCUAUGGAGUGUUGGAUGCUGUGGAGGUAAUUAGAUUGAAGCAGGGCUCUCUCACAGCAGUGCUAGAUAAUGGGAUCCGCCUCUCGUACAGUUCCUAUGGUCCCAUGGGAGAAUGCACAGUGACUUCCCAGGAAACAGAAAGAACCUCUACUGUUGACCCCAUCCCUGCCUCUUCCUCCACCCAUCACUCCCAGGAAGCUGACAUUCAAACCGCACCCAGCAACGCUGUACCGCCACAGAACCAGGUGUCUGAAGACCAACCAGCGUCGCCAUCAAAUCCUGUCAGGAGUCUCAUCCUGUCACUUCCUAAUGGCCUUGUGUUGAAAUUUCUGCUGGAUGGUGCACAAGGAGUAUCGCGGGAAGAAAGGGGUAUUCUAGUGAGACAGAGCUUCCCCCUGCCUGAUGCAGGAGAUUCAGGCCAUCAUCAGAACUCAUCUCUCUCCGAGGAGCUGUUCCGUAUAAUCACUGGCCAGGGAGCUGUUAUCCGUUACCUGAAAGACGGAUCCACAGAGGUGCUUUUUGCAGAUGGCACAGUCAGUGUCAGCCAAGAUUCUGGUCCAGAGUUGGUGCCUGACUCCAAGGUUCAGGACGAAAACUCUCAUGAAGAAGCAAAGGACAAGAAAGAGCGGAGCUCGGAGAGAGAUGCGGAGGCUCAGGGGCGCUGUUGGAUAACCACAACUCCAGCUGGCGAUCGCAUCUGCACAAUUGGGACCACACACAAACACAUACCCACUAAGCCUCUUCUCAACUUCAAGGUUACAGACUUUUUCACCCAACAGGUGAUGCUGACCCGAGAGGAUCACGUGGUUUCUGUUCAAAAUCCAGACGGAUCUCAGAUUGUUGAACAUGUCGAUGGAACCAGGAUCACGAGUGCCCAACAAGACAGCGAUCAGGGGAGCCUGUCUGUCAAAGAGCGGGUAAUAACGGUGGAAAAAGAUGGCUGCGCCACAGUGGUGAUGUACCCGGAUCGUCACAUGGCCCGUGUGCUUUUAGCUGAUGGAAGCGUCGUCACUGGGAAUAAUCAAGGCGAAUACCAGGUGUAUCCAUCAAGGGCUGGACUCCUGCACAUCCAAAAUGAUGGAAAGUGUGUGUACUCUUCUGACAAGUAUGUAACGUCCAGCUUAAGCACAGCAACUCCCACUAACCAAGCUGGAAUUUACACCAUGAGCCACACAGACAAGGUGGCAUGUGACAUUAGAGACCUGGAUGGCAACCACUUCCAGGUGAUGGAUGACGGACACGUCUGUGUGCUCAACGUCACUCCUGCUCCAAGUGCACAACAUGAUGAGGGAGAGCUAGAAAGGGAGGAGGGCAGAGAAGUAUCCAGGCUUUGUGAAAAAGACCUAAUAAAUUGUACAAGGCUAUUUCUGGUGCACGAGGAUGGUUCGGGCAGUGAACUGCUGAACCGUCACAGUGUGGAGAAGCUGCUCCACCAGGCAUACUCUGAUCCCACCGUAGCAGUGCUGAAAGAACCUCUGCCAGAUACACAAGGUGACUUUGGCAUCACUCUCCUGAAGCCCAGCCACCAGAGCGUGUGGUCCCAGUGGCUGCUCGCCAAACAAAUCGACGACAUCACUCCUCCUAACCUCAGAAACCGCAGCUGGCAUGACUUCCCCAGAAGGAAGACCUCAGGUCCUCCUUUUGGGACUAAUUUGUCCCUGUGGGGGACGUGUGGUGGUUCUGCAGCUCAGUCUCCGACUGUCAGGAGCUGUCCUGAGGUCCUGGAGAUAAGGGAGCUGUGCCAGCACCAGCCAUUCACUGCACCAUUCAAAAAUGCCAUAGACUCACGACUGAAGGAUUACAUCCUGAAUUUGAUGGAAAGAGAACAGCGGUGUGAAGAAAUGCAAAUAAAAGACCCUCGGACUGAGAAGGAGCGUACCUAUGCUCGCGAUCGCCUCAGUCUGAGUCUGUCUUUUACAGAAGAAGAUGAUGCGAGCCACUCUCGUCGUGAAAGGAAUCCAGAGGACGUGGCCGGUCUGUACAGACGAGGACUCGGAGCACGAAAUGAGCAGUCCAGUCACAGUCCGGAGACACUCACGUGUUUUACAAAAAGUACAGAGUCGAAAUGGACUGAGAGACUGGCAGAUCACAGACAUGAACUACAAGAGGAAAAGAAUUACAGAGCGGCUCUGAAGAGGAAGGACAUUGUUCCCUAUUUUCACCCUGAAAAUAAACACUUAUACCAGAGUCUGCAGCAGCGUCAGUUUCCCACCAUGAGGAGCUCAUCCAUAGAUCUCUCACCGAUCUCCAAGUCAGACAGUGCUCAGUCCUUCCUAAGAGACGCCCCACAAGAGAGCACCCCACGGCCUUUAAACCCCACACCUUCUCAAUCAGCCAGUCACACAAACACAAAAGGCAGGAUGUCUGAGAGGAGACCCACCAACCCCACGCCCCAGAGUGAACGCAGUCAGAGGGGUUCAGGUAGGCAGUGGAAUCCACUCCAGGUGGACGUGACUGGAAAUCCCAGGAAGACGAAAGUCAGACUACCAACAUCCAUCCUCAGCUCAAAACCCAGAUGCCUGCCAAAUCAACAGUUUCUGACAGUGGAAGAGCCCGUGAGGAGGAAAUGUCGAACAGUUUCUCUCACUGAUCCCACAGCCACCGUCCGGGGCUUCCAGCUCCUCCCAGCCAGUGUUGACUUUGGCACAGUGCAGGCCACCACCUCCUCGGCUAUAACUGUGGUGAUGAGGAACGUCGGUGUUGACACAUGCAGGUUUCGUGUACAACAGCCCCCACUCUCCACAGGCCUGCAGGUGAUCUACAAUCCUGGGCCUGUGGCUGCAGGUUUGCAUGUUGAACUGCUGGUUCAGCUAUUUGCCAUGUGUGCAGCCAGAGCGGGAGAAACAGAACCAAAGUACAUUUCACAGGAUAUCAUCAUCAACACGGAGACGGAAAUCCUCUACCUGCCCGUCACUGCUACCAUCCUCCCUGAGUUGUCAUAUGACAUUUGGAAAAAGAACACCAGAUCACAGAAAAAGUAAAGUUCCAGCAUCUUCCGCCGACAUUCCAC